UUUAGUCUGUUUUCUUCUCCGAUUCUGACAUCAACUUUGUUUGAAAUGUCUCUUUUUCCAUCGAAACUAUGUAUUCCUCUGAUGUUGCUCGGCAGCUGGGCCACCUGCCAUUUGCUGUAGUGGGCAGUACAGAGGAGGUGAUUGUGGGAAACAAAAUGGUGAAGGCUUGCCAGUACCCCUGGGGCAUAGUGCAAGUGGAGAAUGAGAGUCACAGUGACAUUGUGAAGCUGCGUGAGAUGCUGAUCUGUGUGAACAUGGAGGAUCUGAGGGAGCAGACUCACACACGUCACUAUGAACUGUACUGCCGCUGCAAGCUAGAGGAGAUAUGAUCUUUUUAAAACAUAUAUAUCUUGCUAAUAGCUGCUGCUAUUAUAAACUAGUUUGUGUUGUUUAAAGCUGCAAUAUGUAACUUUUUGGGGGACUCGACCAAAUUCACAUAGAAAUGUGAGUUAUAGAUCUGUAAUUCGCAUUUAAAGCAGGUCUAAGAAGCAUUAGAUCUGUUCAAUGUGCACUAUUUCUAUGUGUCCCGUUCUUAAGUUUAGUUUUGGAAUCUUUUACUUUCGGUUUUGUA